UCCAAGUAAUCUCUCACUCCUUUUUUGUCUCGAAAUCACGAACCCUGUGUCUCUCUUCCAUUAUAUAAACCCACACACCUCUACACCAAUCUCACGCUUAUCACAAUUCAAUUGCUUUCUAAUCAGACUCUCUACAAAACUCUCUGUGUUUCUCUCUCUUGCGCUUUCUUUCGUUUUCUCUAGUGCUUUCUUUUGGUACAGUAAUGGCGGACGUGCAGAUGGCUGAUGCAGAGACCUUCGCAUUCCAGGCUGAGAUCAACCAGCUUCUCAGCUUGAUCAUCAACACCUUCUACAGCAACAAAGAGAUCUUCCUUCGUGAACUCAUCAGCAAUUCCUCUGAUGCUUUGGAUAAGAUUCGAUUUGAGGGCCUCACAGACAAGAGCAAACUCGAUGCUCAACCAGAGCUCUUCAUUAGGAUCGUCCCUGACAAAGUCAACAAGACUCUCUCUAUCAUCGACAGUGGUAUCGGCAUGACCAAAGCAGAUUUGGUGAACAAUUUAGGUACAAUUGCGAGGUCUGGGACCAAGGAAUUUAUGGAGGCAUUGCAGGCCGGAGCGGAUGUGAGCAUGAUUGGUCAAUUUGGUGUUGGGUUUUACUCUGCUUACCUUGUCGCCGAGAGGGUUAUUGUGACCACAAAGCACAAUGACGAUGAACAGUACAUUUGGGAAUCACAAGCUGGUGGUUCCUUCACUGUGACAAGGGAUGUUAAUGGAGAGCAACUUGGUAGGGGUACCAAGAUCACACUCUUCCUCAAGGAGGACCAGUUGGAAUACUUAGAAGAGAGGAGGAUUAAGGACCUUGUGAAGAAACACUCUGAAUUCAUCAGCUACCCCAUUUAUCUUUGGACUGAGAAAACAACUGAGAAAGAGAUUAGUGACGAUGAAGAUGACGAACCAAAGAAGGAAGAGGAAGGUGCUAUUGAGGAAGUUGAUGAAGAGAAGGAGACCAAAUCGAAGAAGAAGAAGAUCAAGGAGGUCUCUCACGAGUGGGAACUCAUCAACAAGCAGAAACCCAUCUGGCUUCGCAAGCCAGAAGAGAUAACAAAAGAGGAAUAUGCUGCAUUCUACAAGAGCUUGACCAAUGACUGGGAAGAACACCUUGCUGUGAAGCACUUCUCUGUUGAGGGCCAGCUUGAAUUCAAGGCCAUUCUUUUUGUCCCAAAGAGGGCUCCAUUUGAUCUCUUCGACACCCGAAAGAAGAUGAACAACAUCAAGCUCUAUGUCAGGAGGGUUUUCAUUAUGGACAACUGUGAGGAGCUCAUUCCGGAGUAUCUUGGAUUUGUUAAGGGUGUGGUGGAUUCUGAUGACUUGCCACUCAAUAUCUCUCGUGAGACGUUGCAGCAGAACAAGAUUUUGAAGGUGAUUAGGAAGAACCUUGUUAAGAAGUGCAUUGAGAUGUUCAAUGAGAUCGCUGAGAACAAAGAGGAUUACAACAAGUUCUAUGAGGCCUUCUCGAAGAACUUGAAGUUGGGUAUCCAUGAGGACAGCCAGAACAGGGCCAAAUUGGCUGAUUUGCUCCGUUACCACUCAACAAAGAGUGGUGAUGAAUUGACUAGUUUGAAGGAUUACGUGACAAGAAUGAAGGAGGGUCAGAAGGACAUUUACUAUAUUACUGGUGAGAGCAAGAAGGCUGUGGAGAAUUCACCAUUCUUGGAGAGGCUAAAGAAGAAGGGUUAUGAGGUGCUCUAUAUGGUUGACGCCAUUGAUGAGUACGCUGUUGGGCAGUUAAAGGAGUAUGAUGGUAAGAAAUUGGUGUCUGCUACCAAGGAGGGUUUGAAGCUCGAUGAUGAGAGUGAGGAAGAGAAGAAGAAAAAGGAGGAGAAAAAGAAGUCUUUUGAGAACCUAUGCAAGAUCAUUAAGGACAUCUUGGGAGACAAGGUUGAGAAGGUGGUUGUCUCCGAUAGAAUUGUUGACUCUCCUUGCUGUUUGGUGACUGGGGAAUAUGGAUGGACAGCAAACAUGGAGAGGAUCAUGAAGGCUCAGGCACUGAGGGAUAGCAGCAUGGGCUCCUACAUGUCGAGCAAAAAGACAAUGGAGAUUAACCCUGACAAUGGCAUAAUGGAGGAGCUGAGAAAGAGAGCUGAGGCUGAUAAGAAUGACAAGUCUGUCAAGGAUCUUGUGUUGCUGCUCUUUGAGACUGCCCUCUUGACUUCUGGUUUCAGCCUUGAAGAACCCAACACUUUUGCAGCUAGAAUUCACAGGAUGUUGAAGCUUGGUCUUAGCAUUGAUGAGGAAGAGACCGGUGGUGAUGAUGCUGAUAUGCCUGCUUUGGAGGAGGAUGCUACAGAGGAGAGCAAGAUGGAAGAAGUGGAUUAAGCUCCUCAAAUUGGGAGUCCCUAGUCUUCAGUCUUUGUUAUAGGCUUUUGUUUUUAGUAUGUUGGUAGAGGUGUGUGUGAAUUACAGUAUUAUGUUUGUGUUCAAAGGGAUAGUGUUUUCUGUUAGUUUUGCUACCUGGGGUUUGUGAAUGACCCUUUUCCUUUUGGGUCUAUGAAGGUUUAUGGUGCUUAACUGUGCAUUUUGUACUUUCCUAUAAAUUUUAAUAUACUCUGGAUUUCCUUAAA